UUAGGUAGAUUUUUAAAUCAAAUUGUAAAAGUCCUUUGAUUGGCUCAGUGACGUUAUGCGCUUGCGUGUGUCAGCUUUAUUCCUCAGCUGUUUCCCAAUGUAACUUCGUCUUUUUCUAACGUUUCCCGCUUUUGUGUGUAGUGGCAGUUGGGUCGUGCGGCUUUGUCGUUCUUCGCUGGAAAGAUACGAAAGUGAUUGCGUUUUUAAUUGAACGAUGGCUACGAUACGCGUUCAUGAAGACCAAGAGAAUCGGUUACCGGAAGGACGAUCAAAACAAAGUACAAUGGCUGUUCAGCAGAAAAGGGUAGUCUUGGGUCUUAUGGAAAAAAAUCGACACCAUAAGGAGGUCCAGGUCCAGAAGGACAAACAACCUUUGAGCUCUAUAAGCGACGAAAACAUCAACAAGGAAAACAGAAAUUCCCAAAAAGAAAACAGAAAGAACAUUGUGAACCCUAUAGUGCCGGUAGCCCAAUUUGAAGCUUUUAAGGUCUAUGAGGAUGUCAGUUAUGAAGACCGAAUGGCGAAAAUUGAGGAGAAACUAAAAGCUAAAAGUAAAUCGAUGGUUUAUAAAGGGACUAUGGAGGAUCGGUUCUAUACUAAAAAAGAGAUUGUUGAAAUGGAAAGAAAAGGCCUGAUUCCGCCAGCAGAACUGCCAGAGGAUGAGGAGGAAGUAUUAAGUCUAAUGAAUAUUGAAAGGUCUGUAGAAGCUGCAAGAGAGCAAAUUAAGAGUGAUAAUGACUUUUUUAUUAUUGAGGAGUAUAGUCUUGAGAUCUAUCAGUAUUUGAGGGAACAUGAAUUGUUGAAUCGUCCAAAAGCUGGUUAUAUGAAAAAGCAACCAGAUAUAGAUGGGAGCAUGAGAGCUAUUUUAGUAGACUGGUUGGUUGAAGUGAGCGAAGAAUACAAACUUCACACUGAAACUCUGUAUCUUGCUGUAAACUACAUAGAUCGAUUUCUGAGUUAUAUGUCAGUUCUAAGGGGGAAGCUGCAAUUGGUGGGCACUGCUGCAAUGUUUCUUGCAUCAAAAUACGAAGAGAUUUAUUGCCCCAACAUUCAAGAGUUUGUUUACAUUACUGAUGAUACAUACUCUAAACGACAAGUUAUUCGCAUGGAGCAUCUGAUUUUGAAAGUACUAGGCUUUGAUUUAUCGAUUCCCACGCCGUUGGCCUUCAUCACGGCAAUGUGUGCUAUUAAUAAGAUAUCGGAAAAAGUAAAAUUUUUGGCAAUGUACCUUUGUGAACUGUCUAUUUUGGAUGGGGAAAAUUACUUGACUCAUCUACCAUCAGCGCUAGCCGCCUCCGCCAUAGCCAUAGCGCAGCACACGCUUGAGGAAAAAGUGUGGAACGAAGACUUUGUCCACAAUACUCAAUAUGAAUUGGACCAGCUUAGGCCCUGCAUAGAGUUCCUAUAUGGUUUGUUUCGGAAAGGCCCUACCCUAGAGCAACACGCUAUCCAGGACAAAUACAAGUCUCAGAAGUACCUUAAUGUCUCGCAGUUAACACCAAAAGAAAGGUUGUUCUUUAAGAGCUAAGUAACCAAGACUGCACCUGAAAUUACCCUAAUAGUGCCUAGACAAGCGCCUUAUUUAAGUUUGUUUUUUAAUUUAACCCUACAAAUUUCUGAGUGAAAGGUUGCUCUUUUAUUCUUGUU